CUUGGAACUAUUAAAAAAUCAAUAUGGCGACAGGGAAUGAGCUCGAUUUAGCCGAAGAAAUGGCAAAUUCCUCGCCGGAACAAGCAAUGGAAUUACUUUCCUCUAUUGUAAAGCGUGACAUUCGCACCGGAGAUGAAGAGGGAAUCAAAAUGAAAGAGCAAGCCAUUUUAAAUCUUGGGAAUAUGCUGUCGAAGCACGGAAAAGCAGAGGAACUGGGAGGACUAAUCAAGUAUAUUCGCCCAUUCCUGAAAAUGGUAUCAAAAGCAAAGGCUGCCAAGCUUGUUAGGAACCUGGUUGAUUUGUUUCUUGAUAUGGAAGCAUCAACUGGCAUGGAGGUUGAGCUCUGCAAUGAAUGUAUUGAUUGGGCCAAAGAGGAAAAAAGAACAUUUUUACGACAAGCUCUUGAGGCAAAACUGGUUGGUUUGUAUUUGGACACCAAAAAUUAUACCAAAGCGCUGCAAUUAGGUUCAAAACUCUUAAAAGAGCUAAAGAAACUUGAUGAUAAGGCGUUACUUGUUGAAGUACAGUUAUUGGAGAGCAAGGUUUACCACAAUCUUAGCAACAUUCCUAAGUCAAGGGCUGCUCUUACAUCAGCAAGAACAACAGCUAAUGGCAUUUACUGCCCUCCGAAACUACAGGCAUCACUAGACCUGCAAUCAGGUAUUUUACAUGCUGAAGAGAAGGACUUUAAGACUGCAUACUCUUACUUCUAUGAAGCAUUUGAGGGCUUUGACUCUAUUGACAACCCUAAAGCUGUAUCAGCACUAAAAUACAUGCUUCUGUGCAAGAUUAUGCUGAACAGCCCAGAUGAUGUACAAUCAAUAAUCAGUGGAAAACUAGCACUGAGAUAUUCUGGAUCACAGUUAGUUGCCAUGAAAAGUAUUGCUAAUGCAAGCCACAACAGGUCACUGUCUGAAUUCCAGCAGGCCCUCAACACUUUCAAACAGGAACUCACUGAAGAUCCUAUUAUUAGGACCCACUUGGAUGCACUUUAUGACAACCUCCUGGAACAGAACCUCAGUCGGAUUAUUGAACCAUUUGCUCGUGUUCAGAUUGAUCAUGUUGCAAAGCUCAUUGCACUUCCAUUGAAUGUGGUUGAAAAAAAGCUCUCUCAGAUGAUUCUUGACAAGAAACUUCAUGGAAUUCUUGAUCAAGGUUCUGGAGUGUUGGUCGUGUUCGACGAGACCCCAGUUGAUAAAACUUACGAAAACACCCUGGAACUGAUUCAUGAAAUGGGAAAGGUUGUGGAUGCGUUGUAUAGUAAAGCGAAAAAGCUUCAAUGACUCCGUCAUUAUUUAUAACACAUGUAUGUAGUAGAUGCGGAAUAUUCUCCACUUUGACCUUUAUAGUGAAACUUCAAAAUAAAAAUGUCAAUUUUGCGUU